GUUUUAUAAAUUUUUACUAUUAAAAACAAUAAUUUGUCGAUUUUCAUAAAGUCUGGAAAUUUUAAUUAUUAAUUGGCAAUACUUUAUUUGAUGUGACAGUUAAACUUCGGUAAAUUUUGAAAUUGUGUGUGACAACACUGGGGAAAACGGGAGUCGGUUCAUAGACUCGGGAGAAUACUUUUGAUCCGGCUUUCAACAGAGAAGGUUCUAAGUUUCAGAGAAUGCCACGCGAAAACGAAAUGUCCACGCAACGUCGGCUACUAACGCCUGACCGUGGUGGGACACAAGCGAGGAUGGAGACGAGAAGGAGUCACAGCCGCAGCCGCAGCCGGCAACCCGCGCGGGACAGCGGCAGCGUUCGGCGGACCAGCUGCCGGGAGAGGAGCGGCAGCCGGGCUAGCGGGAGGCGCACGAGUCUACGCGCACGCGAACUGGAGCUCGAGCGGCAACGCGACCGACUCCGCGCCCUCGAAGACGACAUCCUCAGGGAGCGCAGCCAGCACCGACACCGCGACACCGAGAGGUCGGCGGGACGGGAAGCUGCCGCGCGAGACACGAGGUCACGUAGCCCUACUUUUAAUUAUAAGGAUGUACAGAAUUUUAUUAAUUUUGUAAAGUCUCAGCCGCCCGUGACGGCGGGUGCCUCGUUGCCUUCUGCUAGCAUCAGUCAUAAGAAUAUUUUGCCCGAUUUUGAUCCGUCGAUUAAAUGUCAGAGGACUGAUAUCUGGCUUAGAAAGGUGAACGAGUGCGCCACGGUCUACGGGUGGGACGAACGAACGACAGUUCAUUUUGCAUUGCAAAAACUUCAGGGAUUGGCCAAAGUUUGGUACGAGAGUCAAAACACAAUUUUAUUUAGUUGGUCGGAAUGGCAGAAGAAACUUUUAAAUGCUUUUCCCUGCGAACAAAACUAUGGUCAGUCUCUGGAGGACAUGCUUCGUAGGAAAAGUAGGUUCGAUGAACCAUUAGAGGUUUAUUACUAUGAAAAGUUAGCUAUGUUGAACCAGUGCUACAUAAGCGGCAAAAACGCGGUCGAUUGUUUAAUACACGGGCUUAGUGAUAAGACUAUGCGAUCGAGCGCAAAUGCACUACGGUGCUCGCAGCCCGAUCAACUUUUAAAAUUUUUAAUGAGUAAUCAGUCACAGGCUAUUACUGAUCAACCCAAUGUAAGGCGAAUGACGCCCGAAUCGAACGUUAGUAGUAACAAUAGUAAUGCUUCUAGUUUACGUAAGUCUAACAACCGAGUGCCGGGUCAGUUAUAUUGUUAUAAUUGCAAGGAAAAGGGGCACCUCUUUUUAAAGUGUCCUAAGCCGUUAAUUAAGUGUGCGAAGUGUUAUCGUUACGGUCACAAGAUUGAAAAUUGUAUGUUCAAAAAUGAUUCGUUACCGAAUUCUACGAAUAAAGAUGAAUCGGUUCAGAAAAACGAUGCGCAUAUUAACUUCUAAUUCUAACUCAAAAAUACGUUAAACUAUG